GCUGACUGCCCUUUCCGGAUCCGGAGGAAGAUUUCCUUCGGAAACCUACAUUUUGCACUUUCCAGAUUCUGCUUCAAAAAGAAGCUUCUUUUCACAGCUAAGUGAAUGAAGGCAGCUUUUCACAAGUGGAGCGGACUCAAAUAGAAGGGGCAGGAGAUGGAAGAGCGGGGCCCAGAAGGACCGGGAAUUGGCAAGAUGGCAAGCAAAGGCCCCCUUCUCCUCCAUGCAGGGAGUGGUGUUGAAUUCUGGGAAAGGGCUGGGCCAGAGAUCCUGGCUAAGGACACCAUGACCUCAGAUGUACACUGCCAACGCUUCCGGCUGUCCCGCUACCGUGAGGCCGAUGGGCCCCGAGAGGUUUGCAGCCAGCUCCAUGGACUUUGCAACCGGUGGCUGGAGCCGGAGAGGCACACCAAGAAGCAGAUCCUGGACCUGGUGAUCCUGGAGCAGUUCCUGACUCUCCUGCCCCAGGAAAUGCAGGGCUGGGUGAGAGGAUGUGGGCCGGAGACCAGUUCCCAGGCGGUGGCCCUGGCCGAAGGUUUCCUCCUGAGUCAGGCAGAGGAGAAGAGGCAGGCAGAACAGAUGUGGGGACCCUCUUUGAAGAUGGAAGCUGCAAUCCCUGAGGAAAAAGGAGCUUCCUUGGAACAAGAGAAGAGGGCGCAGGCCAUGGAGCAUGCCCAAGAUGCCCUCUCCUGUGGUAAGGACUCUUUGAGCCUGGAUAUGAUGAGGGCACCCAGUGAAUUUGAUGGGUAGAGAGUUCA